UUAUCUACAAGGCAACACUCAAGCCAAAGAUUUAAUAUAAAAUUUCAACCUAUCUAACUAGUAAGUCCCUUAUUUUUCUCAGUUUGAGUUUGUUGAGUAUUCAUUUGGUAAAUGCCGCAGAUUUAACUAGUUUAUAAUUAUUGUGAAUAGUAAAAAUAUAAAAUAAAAAAUGUUUGAGCCAACUGUUCCAACAACUUCAAUAAAAGAUUUAGAAAGUUUAACAAAAGAUCAUGUUAAAGGUCGAAUAGUAAAGCAUGAAGUACGCCCGCUGACAGAAGUGGGAGAAAAUUUUGGAAGUGAAAUUGUAGUAGUUGAUAUGACAGUGGAAGAAGAUGAAAAGGAACACGUUGUGCAUGCGGUGGCCAAGCUGAUUCCUCCAACUGACAUGCAACAGGAAAUAUUCAAUACAAAGGUGACCUACAAAAACGAAAUCGGGUUUUAUGCGGAAAUAGUGCCCGCUUUGAAGCUAUUCCAAAAAGAACAAGGCGUGGCCAAUGUGGCUGAAGUGUUAGACUAUUUUCCGGAAUUAUAUGGCGCAAGGAUCAGCUUGAAUCCUAGUUCUAACGAUAUAGAUAAGGAUGCCGUCAUUUUAAUGGAAAAUUUGAAAAUCAGCGGUUUUAAAAAUUUGGACAGACAAAAUGGCUUCGAUUUACCCACCACCAAACUAGUCUUGAAGACAUUCGCCAAGUUUCAAGCUACGGUAGUGGGAUUGAAAUUAAAACGCCCAGAUAUCUUCGAAGCAAAAGUAAAACCUUACAUAUACGAGUGGAAGUCAGAACCCCCAUUUAUGACCUAUGACAAUGUAAUAACCGAAAACCCCGAGACGGCCCAUCUAGCACCUAGAGUUGCCAGAGCCUUGGAAAAAGGCAAAUUAAGGAUAAAAAGAAUAAGAGAACCUUGGGCAACAAUUAUUCACAACGAUGCCUGGGUUAACAAUAUCAUGUUUAAAUUGUCCAACGAAGAAGUAGUCGAUAUCAAAUUGGUAGAUUUCCAGAUUUUCGAUUAUGCUUCUCCAGCUUGCGACGUGAUCUUUUUUCUGCUGACCAGUGUCCAAGUACCAGUUUUGAAGUACCAUUUCGACAAACUCCUCAGGUUCUACUAUGACGAGUUUAUUUCAACACUUCAAUUGUUGAGAGUUGACAUUAAUCCUUUCACUUACGAAAGUUUUCAGGAAGAACUCAAAAUAGAAGGUCCUUAUCAAGUUUAUCACUCCCUAUUUCUCUUGCCCGUUGUUUUUGGACCUAAGGGAGGAUUUCGAAAACCGCCAGGAAAAGUGCGUGAAUGGAAUCCAAAUGGUAUUUCAAAUGGUUCAAGUUCUCCAGCAACCAAUGGUCCUCCUAAACCUGGAGCGUUUAAAUUAACACAGCAGUGCAAAGAAAAAUUGUGGUACAUUGUAGAAGAAGCUGCAAAGAGAAAGUGGAUUUAAUUUAAUCUAUUACCAAAUUUAUAUUUAUUAUACUUCAGUUUGUUUACACAGAAAAGGUUAAAUAUUUAUCUUAAAUUUAAAAAAUAUAAUUCUUUUUCCAAAA